UUUUCUUCCUCUCAUCAUCUCAUCACUGCCUCUUUCUUUCUGAAAAUAUGGAAGAAAGGGAGAAACUUUUUGAGGCCAAAGCAAAGUUCAAGCUUCCACUAGGUCACCUUCAACUAAAAACAAUGCAUGGGAGCACAAACAAUGCCACCAAGUGCAAUCCUCCAAGAAACAAAGUCCUAUCAAUGAAUGAGAUGGUGUUAAUGGUGGUGUGUUCGUGUUAAUUUGGUGCUAUCCUACCUGAGCUUAUUUCUCCUUUUCUAGAUCCUCUUCUUCUUAUCUCUUUUUAAUUUUUAGUGAUCUUCUUGACCUUGUAAGACCUUUUCUUGACCUUGUAAGACCCUACUCUUUGUUUGUUGUGUUUCUUUUUCUUUGUGUAGUGAACUCCAUAUCAGAAGCUUCUGAUAUAGGGUUGAAGCACUCUUCCUCCCCGUUCUCGCCCAACUCAUCUUCUCCUUCCCUGUCUAUCCCUCCUGAGCUAUUUUCACCUAGGGUUUUUCCAAGUAAUUUUGCUCUACAUGUAACUCUAGAGGAAGAAAUGUUAUGACUUAGAGCAUUAAGUAAAAAAGGGCUGUAAAAACUCUCGCUUUCUUAUUCAGUUAAGUCCAUCAACGUCAAAUGCAAUUAUGUGUGAAGAAAAUAUUCUUUUGCAGGACACUGUCUUAUAUGUUGUUUGGCUGAUGAGAAAGUGAGAGAAUGAAACCUCAGCUCCCUCUGUUGUGUUUUUAUAUGUACGACAUAUCCAUACUGUAUUAUUGUAGUUCUCUGCUCUUCUCUAUCUCCAAAAACAACAUUUUUGUUUGUACCAAAACCUUAAUUGAAUUGAAAUUGUACCCCAUGGAUGUCUAUGUGAAGAAGUCAGAAGAGAAAGGGGUGAGAGAGAGCCUUAAUUUGGUUUUCACCUUUCACCUUUGAAUGAAUUAUUUGUUUUCUU